AUGCGCGAGGCAGCAGCGGGGCUCCUCUGCUGCCUCGCCCUCGGGCUGGGGGUGGCUCAGGCCGCCUGGCCUCUGCAUGCUGCUGCUGCCUCCUCUGCUGCCUCGCCCUCGGGCUGGGGGUGGCUCAGGCCGCCUGGCCUCUGCAUCCUCUGCUGCCUCGCCCUCGGGCUGGGGGUGGCUCAGGCCGCCUGGCCUCUGCAUGCUGCUGCUGCUAAUACCCUUCCUCCUGCUGCAGAGAGGGUUCGCGGGGUGAAGACAGCUGUUGCAGGCGUGCUGAUCCUGCUUGCUGCUCUCGCAGCAUUCAGCAGCAGCAGAGAAAGAAGCAGCAGCAACGGAGACAAAGACAAGCAACUGACGCCCAGCGGAGAGUCUCUCCAAGGCCCUGCUGCUGGGGGAAAUCCUGCUGCUGCUGCUGGUGCAGCAGGCGUUGCUGCUGCUGCUGCUGCUGCUGUUACUCUGUCGGGGCUGGUUGAGUUUGUCUCUUCCCUCUUGCAGAGAAAAACAGCAUCAGAUAGACCGAGGGCCUUCAGAGGUCUUCCUCAGCUGCUGCUUGCGGUGCUUGCUGUUGCUGCUGUCAUCCUCGCCAACAGCAGCAGCAGCAGCAGCAGCAGCAGUGCUGCAGCAGGCCGGGGAGAGAAGCUGCCGCUGCAGCGGGAGAUUAAAACAUUUUCAGCUGUAUUGGCAGCUCUGGGUUUGCUGCUGUUCUCUCAGAGGUUUGUAUGGAGGGGAGCAGCAAAGCUGCUGCUGCUGCAGCAUCAGCUGCAGCAGCUCCUGCAGCUGCUGCUGCAGCGGGAAGGCAGGGCAGUGGAGUCCGAUGAGGACGAAGCAGCAGCAGCAGCAGCAGAAGCAGCAGCAGCAGCAACAGGCGGCUCUGCAGCAGCAGAAGAACAGCAGCUGCCUACUGGAGGAAAUGACGAAGGGGAGUCUGCAGCAGCUGCUGCAGCGGCAACAGCAACAGCAGCAGCAGCAGCAGCAGCAGCAGCAACAGGAGCCGGCGUAGAAGGUGAAGGCGCACGAAUUUCUCCAGUAGAGCAGCAGCACCACCAGCAGCAACAGCAGCAGCAGCAGCAGCAGGAGCAGCAGCAGCAGCAGCAGCAGCAGGAGCUAGGGUUUGAGGUGAAGGAAGGAGACAUAGAGUGGGACAGCCCGUCUUCAGGUGUACAUACACCUGAGGAGCUGUCUCCGUUGGGGGCGAAGGAGCAGCAAGCGUACAUGCAGCUGCUGGCUCACAUCGUCGAUGCUGCUGCUUAUGAAUCCUACGCAGACACCAGCGUCGUGGAGACAGCAGCAGACACAGCAGCAGCAGACACAGCAGAAGACACUGCAGCAGACACUGCAGAAGAAACUGCAGCAGAAGAAACUCAAGCAGCAGCAGCAGCAGCAACAGCAGCAGCAGAGCCCGCAGCAGCAGCAGCUGCUGCAGCAGAAACAGCACCAGGACAAGGACCAGCAGCAGCAGCAGCAGGAGCAGCAGCAGCAGCAGCAGCAGCAGCAGGAGAGACACAAGAAGAAGCAGAAGACACAGAUGCAGCAGCAGAAGCAGAGCAAGAUGGCUCCCCCAGUGGGUGGGGGCUGCUGCACAGCCGCACAGACAGAGACAGCUGGCCCUUCUAUACUUCAUCACCAAGAGCAACGGAUGCAGCAGAAGAAGAAACACAAAACUUACACUGA